ACCUAACACAGAACCUGAGAAAAAAAAAAAAAAACAACAGAGAGAGAAAGGGAAAUCGGAGAAGAGAAGGAGGGAGGAGCUCGCCGCCGGGGAGUGAGGUCACGUCGCCAUCAGAUCUGAAGCCGCUGAGGAGCCGAACGCCGUCGAAGCUGCACCGUCGCGUCACCGUCGCUGUGACUCCGCCGAACCCGUCACACCCAGCCCGUGUCUUGUUUGCCGUCGUGCCAUCCACCCACGCCGAGAGAGUGGCGUCGCGCCUGCUGCGAGGGAAGCCGCCGUUCCAUCGUCGUCCUCAUCAUGACCUGUCACCAUCGCUGGAGCCAGCCGCCUUCGUCGCCGUCGCCGCUGGUCUGCCUUGAAGCCGCCGUUGAGUAGAUCGCGAGGAAGAGGAAUUAUCGUCACUGUUGUGCACCCAGUCAUCGCUGCUGCUUCCAAUCCCGCCGUUGAUGCUGCCGCCACCGCCACAACCACCCUUGAGCUGCUGCGCUGCUGCGCUGCUGUUGACCUGUUGAACCACCACCCGAGCUACUGUUGGCUUGCCGCUGCUGUUUGUUGAGUUCAAGAUAGCUGCUGCUGUUCUUGCUCUGUUCUGCCUCUGCUUCUAGUUUCGUAGUUGCUGGAGUCUUUGCCGCCGGGAACCAACGCUAGAGCUGUCGUAUUAGGUGACUUUCGUGAGUUCGACUUUGAGGUUCACUAUUGUUGGUCAGUGGGCAGUGACAAGAAGUAUAGAUUUUUCACUAGCACAACUGAUUCAGAUAGGGCUCAUGAAUGUUAAGAAUUACUUACUGGUGGUGUGUUGUUAUCUGAUGGACACUUCCUGAAUGUACAGACAAAUUCAAAGAACUGGAUAUAGUUAUAGAUGAAAAGUGGAAUUAAUUAUAGCUUCAGAGGGAGGCCUAUUUCCCUAGCUCUGGCUGCUUGUUUUCUUUUUACCAUAUUACUUUGGACAUGGGAGAGUAAUCCAAUAGCUGCGACUUUAAGGUCAGCUCAAGAAUGGUAUCUCAUGCCUUCAGAAUUUCCUACAGAAGUCCCAAUUGGUUCAACAGGAACUCAAAAGCUGGAAGAAAGUGAGGGAAAAUCCUCAACUCCAAUCACAAAAAAUGGAACCAUCCCAAAUGCAAAUACUGUGGAUUCAGAAGCUGUAGGAUCUUUUCCUGCAAAAUCUCCAGAAAUUCAACACAAUCAAGAUGUUAGAUCUCCCAGCAGUGAAGAUUGUAAUUAUGCCAAGGGCAGGUGGGUUGCAGAGAGUAGGAGACCACUUUAUUCUGGAUUUGGCUGUAAGCAGUGGUUAUCCUCCAUGUGGUCAUGUAGAAUGACACAACGGCCAGAUUUCUCAUAUGAGGGCUACCGCUGGCAGCCAGUAAAUUGUGAUAUGCCAGAAUUUGACAGCUCUUCCUUCUUGAGAAAGAUGAAGGACAAAACGAUUGCAUUCAUAGGAGAUUCACUGGGCCGGCAACAAUUUCAAUCUCUGAUGUGUAUGGUCACUGGUGGACAAGAAAACCCUGAGGUUCAAAAUGUUGGAUGGGAAUAUGGUCUAGUAAAACCCCGUGGGGCUAUUCGUCCUGAUGGCUGGGCUUACAGGUUUCCAAAGACCAAUACUACAAUCUUAUAUUACUGGUCAGCUAGCUUAUGUGAUCUGGUUCCCCUUAAUGUCUUGGACAAACUUUCCGAUGUUGCCAUGCACUUGGAUCGGCCACCAGCUUUCAUGAGACGAUACCUUGAUCGCUUUGAUGUUUUGGUUCUUAAUACAGGACACCAUUGGAACCGGGGGAAAAUUACUGCAAACAGGUGGGUAAUGCAUGUUGAUGGAAAGCCCAAUGAAGACAAAAGGAUUGCAGAGAUUCCCAAUGCCAAAAACUUGACAAUCCACAAUGUUGUCAGAUGGCUUGAUUCGCAACUUGUCUCACACCCUCGACUCAAAGCUUUCUUCAGGACUAUAUCACCAAGGCAUUUCUACAACGGGGAUUGGAACACUGGUGGCAGUUGCGAUAACACUAUCCCGUUUACUAAUGGCAGUGAGGUCACACAAGAGGGAUCUAUGGAUCAAACUAUUGAGAGUGCACUAAAGGGAACCAAGAUCAAGAUACUGGAUAUAACAGCCCUUUCGCAAUUGAGGGAUGAGGCUCACAUGUCACGCUACACUGCUAGAGGAAUUCAAAACACAAGUGACUGUUUGCAUUGGUGUUUACCUGGUAUUCCGGAUACCUGGAAUGAACUCCUUGUUGCUCAGAUAUAGGUUCUGGCACAGUUUAGUUACAUCUUCCACUCUUAUAACCUGUCAAAAAAAGUGAAGAACAAAAGAAAAUACAUAGGCUGACAUGUGUUAGUAAGAUGUUUGGCCUUGGGGAAUCAAAUCUGUCAAUUCUUUAUGGUCUAGGGAGACCAGUUUUUGUUUUCAGUCAUGCAUUUUAUGUAUUAUUACGUUGGCACUUGGCACUGAAUAAGAACAUGGGAGUUAAUAUAGUUUCAUUCUGUCCCAUAUCGGUGCCAAAAAACUAGGAUUAUGCUUUUAAUAGAGGAUACUAAGCAGCGGAACUAAAACCAGGCACGAGCUAAGUACCUAUUGAAUAACGCAGGAAAUAGAAAUAUUGGGUAACCAAAAAAUUUGGUUACUAAAUUUAACCAA